CCAAAACACUACAGUCAAGAAAGAAGCACAAGUGAACAAAUGUGAGAGUCAAAGUAGGAAAAGGAGGUUCAACAGGGCUCAUUCUGUGGAUCGGUGAGGAUUUUUACGUCUGUGAAAACUUUCCACAGAUGGAUACCUUAGAAAUGUCCCGACAGGUGGUCCAGGUCCAGCCACAGACCAGGGUCCAGGAGGCGGGGCAGUGGAGUACUGGCCUGUGUGAAUGUUACAAAGACAUGGGAGACUGCUGCUUCGCCCUGUGCUGCCUCCCACUGUUCACCUGUAAAGUCACCAGUGCCGUGGGUGCAUGCCCCUGUUUACCUCUGCUCGACUGCCUCGGCUGCGUACCGCCGGCAUCUCUCGCCAUGAGGGCGUCGGUUAGGGAACGAUACGGCAUACAGGGGAGUGUGUGGAGCGACUGCCUGUACGGAUGCUGCUGCUACCCGCUAUCUUGGCUCCAGAUCUCCAGAGAGCUGAAGAGAAGAGCAGCAUCCCACGCCUCCUCCUCCUCCUCCUGCUGCUCCUCAGCCAGAUACACCGCUUUGACGUCCCUGCAGGGGGCGCACUUGGUCUAGACUCACCGAGCACCUCUGCCUGUCCUCCAGAGUACAGGAGCUGAUUUAAUCACACUUCCUCUGGUCCCCGAAGCCACUCCUUAGUACCUCAGAGAUUUCAGAAAGGGCACAAAAAGUCCCAAAGACAGAUAAGUUCACUUUGUACAGAACAGAACUGAUACUUUCAGAGCGAUCAGUAGUGAAGAACAGGAAAGGUGCAGCACUGAUAACAGCUGAAAGACUCAUAUUUUAGAAAUGACACAUCUUUACCCUUUAAAUCAAGCUCUGCUCUGUUUAUGACUGUGCAUAUGGCUGUAAUGACAUCUGCCACUGCUGAUUUAGUUUCUUUUUUUUUUGUUUGUUUUUUCGAAAAAUUAUCCACUAUAAGAAAAAAAAGACCAGCCAAAAAAAUUAUCCACUAUAAGAAAAAAAAGAGAACUGCC